CGCUUGGAGUUUCGGGUAGCCAACAAUUAAGUCUGCUGGAGUCUGUAGUCAGUGUGGUUUCGUAGCUGCUCCAUGCUGCUCCACCACCGGACUUCAGCCGAUCGGAGAUCUCUGAGUUUCGACUCCGUUUAUCGCUUCGUUAAAGGCCCGGCUUUACAGACUCUACAGUAAUUAUACAGACACAAUGACUAGUGAGCCAGCGGUUAAUGGCUUUGGGCCUCAGAGCUCGGCAGCGCCGGGAGACGACGACGACGAGCUGCUAUCCUCCCUCUCGGACAACCUGUCGAUUUGGAUCGACGGCGAGGAGCACUGGAUAUCCGGCGUGGACGCCAGCACCACCUGCGCAGAUCUUAUCGGCGCUUUGAUCAGCUACCAAAGCGUCCAGCAACAACAUGUGCUGUUCGGCAAGGCGGAAGGACAAGGACUCGCAGAUCCGCAGGAGUUUGCCAUCGUGCAGAAGCAGCGACACUACGAGGAGUACUUGGACGGCAGUGCCAGGCUCUUUGAUGUCAUCACCAGCCGUCACGCUUUGCCGAAGGAGGAGGAGUGCCAACUUCAGCUUCGCCAUUUGGUCAAUUCCACCCGCAAGAUUACAUCGACAACGGAUAAGGACAGUGGAAUGGGCAGUCCAGUGGACAGUUCGCGAAGCAUGCGCUUCCGGCGGCGUGGUAAGCACAAGGUGCUGCCCUCCACUAAGAUCACGGAAAACACGAGCACCAGCACCAAGCAACCAAAGAGAAGCCGGAAGCCGCAGCAGAGAAACCACGGAGCCAUGACUCCCAACGAGAGUCUGCUGACCAUUAUUCUGGCCCAGGAUGAGACCAUACUCCAGCAGAUGUCCAUGUUGCACGAGAAGGAUAGGCAGAUACUUAAAAUCGAGGAGGAGAAGCACCGAGUGCGGGAACGCGAGUUGGGUAAGAAUUACCUGCUUGAAACGUAUCUAAAGGACUUGGAUGAGCCCCAGGAGAACGGCCCACCAGACCUAGAAGACUUCGAAGAGGAUAUACAAAGGUUACAGGAGGAUGAUAAGGACUUCCAAACGUCUAACGACGAGAUCCGACUCCACUGGCUGGAGAAGAUUCACGCAGUCAACAAGCAACUGCAGCGGGAGGAGGAACUGCUGCUCAGCCUGCACGCCAAGGUGCGCAGACACCAGGUGAAGCGGGCGUAUCAGACGAAGAGCGAGGUGCUGCUGCAAAUCGAUCGACUCGAUUCAGAGCUGUCGGCUCAGGUGGCGGAUAUCCAUCGAGUGGAACGGAAGCUUUUCACGGCCAAUGAGCAGCUAAAAGCGAAGCUUGGUGUGCUUGAAUGUUUGGGCCGCGAAUUCGAGACAACGUUCGCAUCGGAAGUCGAUCAAGAAAGCGGGGAAACUGCAGAGGUGGAACGAAGAACAGAUGAUGAUCUCCAGCCGUCAGUCUCAGUGGGAGGUAGUAGUUUAGUAGCUCAUCACUCCAAUCGCCGCGUAAGCCGAGAAGAACUCACAGACCGCAACUUGAAGGAUCGACAAAUUCUAGACAAGGGUUUGACAAAGCAAAUGUUCAAUGUGAGCCAAUCACCAGAUCCUCCUCCUACCUCAAAGAUCCUCAGAAAUCCCGGAGAUAUCUAUUCACAAGCGGACAUUCAACACCUGGGCACCCUCGUUUGAAAUCGGGCCAAGAAGAACCUGUACCUGUGGUGGCUUUCAUUCAAGCAUCUCGUUAAACGUAUUUUGAACAUCAGAAACCAAACUUGUGUCAACUAACCAAAUAGAGAUUUCAUUCUUUGUUUAUGUUUAA